UAAGAGAUGGGUCAUUUUUCCCUUUCAGUUGAGUUUUAUUGCCUCUGCAAAGUUGAUUUCUUUCUCGAAACUGAAGGUGGUCACAACAGGAAAAAAAAAUAAUAAUAAAUAAAAAAAUCAUUUGCUGGGUUUUGUGAAUCCAAGUCAUAUUUGGUCAUACACACUAACAUUCUCCAAGUACGAAGCUCGGAGAAUCGAAGUUUUUGUUUUCAGGAGAUGGAGAAGAAGAAGAAGAAGAAGAAUACAACACAAGUAUCUGGAAGAGGAAAAAAGAUUGAUUUACAACAAGAUCAUCUGCAGAUUGAUAAGCUCAAGAGGAGGCUAAGGCAUGAAGAGAAUGUUCACAGAGCAUUGCAGAGGGCUUUUACUAGACCUUUGGGUGCUCUCCCUCGGCUCCCUCCCUAUCUCCCUUCUCAUACGCUGGAGCUCCUCGCCGAAGUCGCCAUUUUGGAGGAGGAGGUGGCCCGGCUCGAAGAGCAGGUGCUGAGUUUCCGGCAGGGCCUUUAUGAAGAGGCCAUCGGAGGUUUCUUCGAUUCGUGCAGUGAUCGGCGUUCGUGUUCGGAUGCCGAGUCUGUUCGGGGAUUGAAACCGCGCGCGGUUUCAGUCAGUUCUCGCUGUUCUGCGGUUGCAAAGGUCGCGAGGGGGAAAGCAGCAAUAAAGAAGCAAAAUUCCUGCUUGUCGAUGCGCGAAGGUCGGGGUGGGAAAGAGAACCAGUUGGAUACCAACUCUGCUAGAUGUCACAAGCAAUUAGCAGUAAAGAAAGGAUCAGAAUCAAACAAGUCAGUAGUGUCAGAGAUGAGAGUGUCAGAUGCUGAUGUGAAUUGGUUGGCAACACUCUCAUCCCCUCUUCAGUUUAGAUGCAACAUUUAUUCUGACUCGGGUUUUGAUAGUUUUUGCUCCUAUUUCAGUCAGAAUUCGUCGCGGCGGAUAGUAGGAGAGCUAAAAAAUGUGUUUGGAUGAAGAAGUUCCUCAGAUAGCAAAGAAGAGGAGCUAGAAUAACGACGGAAACCACUUUCGUAUGCCGAAGCAAGUUUGAUUCGUGCAAAUUUUAUCACCGAUUCUUCGGUGUUUGCUUGCGGACUAAAGUGAGAUCUUUGUUGAGUUUGAUCUAUCUGCAAUCACUCGCACGAACGAUCUUUCUGUUUCUCGAACUGUUCUGCGGUUACCUUCAGAUAUCUGAUAGUCAUAUCCUAAUGGAAUGUACAGUGAUCAUUUGACACCGCGAGGAAUAUUUGGAUUCAGAUUAUUAUGAACCCUUCGCCGCGUUCCCGCUCUUCUUUAGAAUACUCAUUAGAUUGUUGUAGUUUUCGUUUGUCCAAAUGGAGAUUGUUACUGCAUGUCUUGCUUUUGUCUGUGCCUUUUUACGAUCUUCGGUUUCUUUCCAAGUUGUAUUGUAACUUUGCUCAUAAGAAUUGUUUUUCCUAUCAUCGAAAACAUGUCGUUUUGUUA